AUGUCCUGCCAGCAGAACCAGCAGCAGUGCCAGCCCCCUCCCAAGUGUCCUAUCCCCAAGUAUCCCCCAAAAUGCCCCUCAAAGUGUGCAUCCUCAUGCCCACCUCCAAUCUCUUCCUGCUGUGGCUCCAGCUCUGGGGGCUGCUGUAGCUCUGGGGGUUGUGGUUGCUGCAGCUCUGGGGGAGGUGGCUGCUGCCUGAGCCACCACAGACACCAUAGGUCCCACUGCCACAGACCCCAGAGCUUCAAUUGCUAUGGCAGUGGCAGUGGCCAGCAGUAUGGGGGUUCUGGCUGCUGCUCUGGAGGGGGGUGUUGCUGA